AUGGAUGAAUUUGAAAAAGCUAUGAAAAAAAUCGUAACUCUACCUUACUGGCAUUCACUCGCAAACAUAAUUUUAUAUUAUCAUUCAAAAUAUAAUAAAGAAACAAUUGCAAAAAUAUUUUUCAUUUAUUGGUUUUAUAGAGCAGUUAACGUUAUCAUUGUUCAAUACGAUGAAACUGAAAAAGAAAUGCUUAUUUCAUAUUAUAGCCCAUACAUGACAGAAAAUUACAUGGCAUCUCAUCUUGGAACAUGCCUUGGAUUUGAAACAGAAAAAGUCCUAUUUACGAAUUUGAAUCGGAUACAAAAAUUGAAUCUGUUUGAAGAUAAGGGAAAAAAUUUACAUGGUUUCACCUUUUAUGCGUAUACCGUCGAAGUCUUACCAUUUCUUAAGUUAGAUGAACAUGAAAAUGGAACUUACACAUAUCAUCGUAGAGAUGGAAUGAUAUGGAACACCAUGGCAGAGCUGUUUAAUUUUAAAAUAGAUAUAACCCCAGCAAAAAAAGCAAUUAAAGAAAAGUUUAAUUAUGAAAUAAAUAUUCUACAAGUUUUUUCAUUUGCUCAAAGAAAGGCAGACUUGAUUUUAUUUCCCUUAUAUCAAUUCGACUUAGUACUAGCGGAGAUAGAUUACACGGUCCCAUUUCUAGAUAGUGGCACACGGAAGAAUCAUAUCGAAUUAUUACAUCCAGAAUCGAAGCUGUACCUGAUUUAUUUGGGUGUGUAA